AUGUCUUACUUGGAGGACCCCAAACCGAUCAACCCUCCUUGCGAAGUACUCCGCAUAAACAAGCGCUUCAACGGCGCCCAAACAACGGUCGACCGCAUCGAUCUCGUCACAGGGCACGCAACACCCUUCUACAUCCUCCACAACAACGACGAAAAGGCCAUCGCCGUUCUGCACGCCGACCCGCGGCAGCAGCAGAUGUCAGACCAAGCCCUCGGCACGGCCAAGCUACACUCGUUGUCGUCCAAGAUCGACGUCGUGUUCCGCGGCAUGGAGUUCAAGAUGAAGGGGAACUCGGCAGGCAUGGGCCACGAUUUCGACUACAUGGGCGUGCCGUACAGCUGGACAUUAUCGAGGAUGUCCGGUUCGCACAGCACGAUCUUCUUCAAGGAUGGGAGUGGGAGGUUGCUGGCGAGGUGGAAGAAGCAUCCCGACGGAAGGUUCAGCUCGUCCAAGACGCCUCCGACCUUUGAGGUGUAUGUUCCGCCGCAGAGCAUUGACAUGGAUAUGGUCAUUGUGACGGGGUUGGCGUCGAUUGGAUACUGGGUUAAGGAUAAGAAGGACACAUACGAGGCCGUUGGGGAGAUUUUGGGGGCUGUAUGA